GCCCAAUCUCCCCUUCCCAUUCCUGUAUAAUUCUCACAACUCACUCUCUCUUUCCAUCUCUUCCUGAUUUGUUCUUCGGUUCACUCCCAACAUUCCGCUGAAAUCCUACCAACUCUCUCUAUCUCUCUCUCUCUCCCUCUCUCUGGUUUCUUCUGUUUUUACUUUGUGGACGACUUGACAUAGCUCAAUGGAAGUCGAAUACGAAGAAGAUUACAUUAAGAACUCCAGAGGUGUUCAGCUUUUCUCCUGCAGAUGGCUCCCCUUAUCUUCCCCAGGAAAAGCCCUUGUUUUCCUUUGCCAUGGUUAUGGCAUGGAAUGCAGUGGUUUCAUGAGAGGGUGUGGGACUAGAUUGGCAGCAGCCGGGUAUGCGGUGUAUGGCAUCGAUUAUGAGGGUCAUGGGAGAUCCAUGGGAGCUCGAUGUUACAUCAACAAGUUUGAAAACAUUGUCACCGAUUGCGACCGCUUCUUCAAAUCAAUAUGUGAGAGGGAGGAGAAUCGAGAGAAACGAAGGUUCCUAUACGGUGAAUCAAUGGGAGGAGCUGUAACACUACUACUGCACAGGAAGGACCCCAUUUAUUGGGAUGGAGCCAUCCUCGUAGCGCCCAUGUGCAAGAUAUCGGAGAAAGUGAAGCCACACCCAUUGGUUGUGGCCGUGCUGACAAGAAUGGAAGAGAUAAUCCCCAAGUGGAAGGUUGUCCCGACGAAGGACAUCUACGACAACGCCUUUAAGGAUCCUAUCAAGCGCCAAGAGAUCCGGCGCAACAAGCUGCUUUACAAGGACAAGCCACGCCUUAAGACGGCCCUAGAACUGCUCCGGACAAGCAUCGACCUAGAAGACAGCCUAACACAGGUGAUGCUCCCUUUCUUCGUACUGCACGGCGAGGCAGACACGGUAACUGAUCCAGAAGUGAGCAGAGCGCUGUUCGAACGAGCGAGCAGUCAAGACAAGACAAUGAAGCUUUACCGGGGAAUGUGGCACGGCCUAACUUCCGGCGAACCGGAUCGUAACAUCGACGUCGUCUUCGCCGACAUCGUGGCUUGGCUCGACGAUCGAACCGGCCGCCGAGCUGAACUACCGAGGCCGCCAGUCGUGAAGGAUGAUGGCGGCUCGGCCGGAUUUCAGGUUGGAUCGGCUGCAGAAGAUGUGGCGGAGUUAAGGUGCCAGCGACGGCAGCGGCGGCGUGGCAGAGUUCUGUGUGGGUUGACGGUUGGGCCACGACACCAUGCGGCGAUGUGAACAGCAAGAGCGUUUUGUAGUUGGAUUUGUAGAUGUGGAGUAAAAUAAAAUACUGGUAAUCGGUAAUUAUAGUAUAUGUUUUUGUAUAUUAAGAAUGGACUCGGAUUAUGUCCGAUUAUAUGGUGCAGUUAUCCGAUAA